AGUGAACAGAAACCAUCGGAUGACAGGCCAUGGCUGCCAAUAGCAAAGUUCUUCCGUUGACUUUUAACCACGUUGUGUUGCCACCCAGGCUUCCUGGGAAGCGGGAAGCUGACGCUCAAGUUCUUGAAGUCCAGAAUGAUUUGUUGUCCCGGGUGCUCAAUGCGGUCAAACAGAUGAAAGAGAUCCGUGAUGCAAGAAAUGUAGUCACCUGGGAGCCUGACGCGACACUUAUCGCUCCUUGGGAGUCUAUCGAGAAGACGCUGAGAACGGUAGUGGAGGUGAGCACGGAAGCAUGGGUGAACGAGGCAUCGCUUCUCAGGGCACUCCAAGAGCUGCAGCCUGGAAAUGCUAUCAUCUUGCACAUCGCGUUGCAGAAUGCCUGCAUUCUUAUUAGAUAUCCCUCUGACCAAGAAAACAUCAUAUUUGAAACUUUCGAGACAUCGCCCACAGCUGAGUCGACUCUCGCAGCAAAAGGCGCGCUGGAGUGGGACUUUCCCGGAUCGGCAGUUUCCUUGCCCUUGUGCGAAUUUGAAAAUCCAGUUUUCCAAAAAAGUCUGGCUGGAUUCCUCGAGCGGGCAAGCUGCGAAGUGUUGGAUGAAUUCUGUCCCAAGACCCGCAAAGCCGGGGUGGAGGUCUCCGAAACACGCGAUACGGUUGACCCUGCGAUUAUAUCCCAGUUUCUUAUGACAUUUCUUGAGACAAAUGGUAGUCGUGCGUACCCACCAAUACUUCGCAAGCGAGUCAAGGAUGAUGUAUGUUGGGAUAAUGCCGAGCUGCCCUGGAGACGGAGUCCGUUCUGGCUGGUCCUUCGCGUAUGCAUACAGCGCUUGCUAUACUUACACCUCGAUGCAGAGGUUGGACGGAUGCAGUACAAGUUCUUGAUGUGUACGCUGAUGGCGCGUUUGUUGGAAGAUUCAGUUCACAAGGUUGACCACGAGCAAUGCAAUUUUCUGAAGACGAAGCUUUGUCGUCGUCUGGCAAAGUUGGAGACUGAAAGAGAGAACGCCUCGCCAGUGGUGCGUGAUGCUUAUACUUGGCUGUUUUCAGUUAUUGGACCGGGGUGUCAAAAGUCAAUCGAUAUUGUAAUGAGAGUCUUUGAAGCCAGAUGGGAAGGUUUCAAGAAGUCGACUAGGAGGAAAAUAUGUCGUCUCCCGCAGGUUGCUGAAGACAAGGACUUGCAUCUAAGCCUGAGGAAUAGCUGGCCCUACCUGCAGGCAGUCCUCAAUCGUCCAAGACAGUUUCAAGGGGCUUGUAAGUCCAUUGAUCCUAUUGUUCUUGCUAAAAGUAGCAAGAAAGACACUACAGAGCAAUUCUCCGCGUUGACAGCCCGGUAUGCGUCACUCGCACAAAUGGAGAUGACGAUCGAAUCUGCAGCCCAUGGUAUUCCUGCGAAAGUGAACUGUGAAGCGCUAUGUAUGGGUCUCUCACGCCAGAUUGAAGACUACAUGAGCGCUGUUGGUGAUGCGUAUGAGAACGACCCCGAGCAAAUGGGCGUGUGCAUACUCAGUGUAUUUGAGCUGUGGGUUCGCAUGGACAAGUGCGCAAUAGUCGUAUACCCAUUACUCACUGAUUACCAUCCCUGGAUCACCCCUGAAUUGUUGGAUGUGCUGCUUCUUUCUCGACGGUAUCAUAUGGAACGGCUCCAGAAGGUUCAGGAAUACAUCCACGAGCGUUGCACCAAGGCAAAAAUGCAGGAUAUCACGAUCUUCUCCAAUCCUUCUCCAGGAGGCUUCACCGACUGCUAUUUCAACUCCAAGGAAAUAGAAAAAGCAUCAAGUCUCUCUCGGGAUUCUAAAGAGAGACAGCUAGCGCGAAUUAAUGCAGAGCAUAAAGACUUGACAGAGAAACUGUCUCAAACCUAUUGCGAUCAACGAAGGCUCCCUGAUGGGAAGCAUGAUAUUAAACAUUGCAAUCAUUGCUUGUACGGUCGGCGUCGCCGGCGUCUUAAGAUAAAUGUCCACGAAGACUUUCUUCCAUCAGAAGCUAAUCUUGCUCACAAACACGGUGUCAUCUUCGAAGAUACUACCUGGAGGAUUGUCUAUUCUCUUUGUCAGCAACGUUUCAGUUCAGCCUCAAAGAAGCCGGAGAUGCUAUUGAGAGACUAUUCCCAGCUUAAAUCAUAUAAUAAGAGCAAGGCAAGCCAAAAUAUUUCACUGGCCUCUCACACGAAGUCCUACCUGAGAACACAUUAUAAAUCAAAGAGGCUACCUGCAGAAAAGAAGGAUGUUUUGCUCCCACUGGGGCUCCAAUUCUCAUACUACGACAGGGAACGAAACGUGUGGCUGGCGGAGUUUCCUAAACAGUUGACGUGCGCACAUCACUUUGCGCUGCGCCUCCCAAAAAGCCUGCCCUUUGCAACCUUGUACUCAACCCCUGCCUUUGCAGCCGACGAAUCAGGCCCCUCAUCAUAUGAGGCUAUUGCAAAUAUCACUGACUGCCCAUCAAGGUUAAGUGUACAUGAAUACGUGGCCCACCAGAAUGUUAGGGGCGGGAGGAAUCGACGAUGGCUUUCAAUCCUGACCGAGCUUGGAUCCUCGAACAUUAAUUUCAGUCUCCAGGAUACAACGGUUCUUUUCCGUUUCCUAGUGUUACAAGCUGGUCCCCAACUGACGGAUGACAGUCUACGGACUGUUCACUAUGUUUUUAACGAUGUAAACUUCUGUCGUAGGCUGAUCGAGCAGAUCGAACAGCACGUGGAAAUCAUUUCUCCCAAUUGGCGCGAGUACUACUACAUGGAGACGCUCCUCACACUAACAAUUCAUUUAUGCGAACUAGCGUGCUCAGAAUCACACAAGCCAGCGCAUGAGCUCCUAUUGAAAAUUCGACGUAUUACUCUCACCUGGACUACGGCUCUCAGGAGCGAAAUGCGCCGUGCCAAGGAGGCAGAUACUGCAGAGAGUACAGCUAAAUACUGCUUCUUUUCUGCCCUCCUAUGUCGUAGGACGUUUGCACUCCAACCAUAUAGCGGCCAAGAACUCGAUGGAGAGAGUUUUAAGGGCUUUAUUGAAGUAACCUUUACACUGCAAGAAAGCUUGCUCAUCGACGUGUCUGAACUUCAGACGUUCACACGGAAUAUACUUGUCCGCGAUAUUAAAAUGAUGGCUGCACUGCGACCGAUGCUCCGACAGGCCUCUACUAUGCACCAGAUUAGUUUGAUAUCGGCUAUUGAUACUUGUUGGCCAGGUGUAGAACUCACUUCGAAGCAGUGCACUCCAUGGCAGUUCCUAUCUCAGCCGUAUGAAUGGUGGCUCAUGUCAACAGUGCAGGGCACAGAGAACACUAUCUCACAAGUGAUCCAUUACCAUCUGCUGGAGGGCCACUUGCUGAUAGACGGACAAACGAUGGGAAAGCUUCCAGCUGAUGUCAGGGAUUCAGAAGUGUUGAAAGAACUCUUUGGAAACCAACGACUUGUUGCUUAUCCUUCAAACAUGUUAGGGAUGACUUAUGUGCUCGCAAAUGAUCAGGAAGGUCACCAGAUACACUUGGGAUACCGAGAAAAAGAGCUAGUGAUAUGCUCCAAGAAGUCUGACAGAGGUCUGGAGUUCAUUCCGCGUCAGAUCUUCGGUAAGGGUGCCGACAUGGAUUUGCCAAGUCAGCUAAUUGACAAUUGCUUUCACUGGCUUGACCUCACUUCCGGAGAUAUUGAGAUUCGACGGCAGCAACGGCUCUGGAAAGAGAGCAACUGGACCAUAAGUACACGGUUUCGCCGAGCACAGCGCCGAACUGCCUCUCUCGUUGAUACACACAGUGUUCUGUUCGGAUUAGUGGCUAAAACCUUCCGCAACUUCGAACACCCGCAUAUGCUAAACGUGGUCCAGCCGCUCAAAGGCAGCCUCACUGUGGAGUUGAAGCGGAUGAACCUGACCUUUUACGUCAAUAAAAAAGGUCUUCUGCAGUGUAAGCAACUGGCUGCUGAAAUUGACCCGAAUCAAGAUGCGGGUACGCUAUAUGGGCUUCUAAGUAUGCUUGUUCUCCGAAGGAUUCACAAUCGUUCCCAGCGCAUUGUCAUCAUACCAAUGGGAAAGCCAUUAUGUCGGCGCCAGGGAGUGCAUGUCCAUAUCGAGACAGCAGAUGGUGUUGACUACGCCACAUAUAACAUAGACAGUAUACUUGGACAGCUUCAUAGCCCACCGGAGCCACGACUCCUCUAUAACAAAGCACUAUUGCACGCACUCACAUCUUACUUCAUGUCUGAUCCCCUCACAGGCCGUACAGGGACAGAAGAAGCAUUAUCAUGGUUGCAAUCUGGAUCCUGCCAGCCCUGGGCUCCUCUCAAUCAGACUUCCCUGGACAUACUAAGCAUGAUAUCGGCUUUGACACCAAGGCGAGUAUACUAUCCAAAGGAUAGGAAAAGUCAGCAAACUGCUCACUGGGAACCCCAGUUGACAACAACGAUCCAACAUGAUGCAUAUAUGCCAAUAGUUGACCGCAUUGUGAAGAAGUCCGAGCGACUUGAAUUAUUUGAACUCAAUGUCCCGAUCACUACCACAGAGACAUCAGUUACUGUACCGCAUCUUAGAGACCGAAGCUACUGGAGACGAUCAAUCUAUGAACGGCCCGGAUUAAUUUCACCACACGCAACUCCGCCACUAGACUUACCAUACAUUGCGCGAGACCGUUGGAGAUCUUCUAAGCGUUCAUCCAAUGUUCGUGAGAUAGUCCAUAUGCUCAAACAGAGACCUUCAUAUGUACAUACGACAUCCAAGUUAGUGCACAUACUUCAGGGAUGGCCACUUAUCGGUGGGUAUACUACUGAAUUCGUACCCUACUCCAUAGAGGAGUGUCUGAGUGGGAAACUUGCCCAUGAAUGGGGUGGCUGGGUUAGUUUCUGUAAGAAGUGUGACCCAGACGAUGCGUACCGCCUCAUGUUUCAGCUAGGUGUGGUAGCAUUUCGAAAGGGUGUUGAUAUGACUGCCCUUCGUGUGAUUGUUGCAUUCUUCCUCCUCGAAGACUUAAAAAGCAUGGGCCUCCCUCCAUACCCGUCUUUUACUGGGUUUAAAGUCAGUCAAAAGCCCACAUUUGAUACACUGUUCGACAUGGUAAGGCCAUUUUGCGAGGCAUACAGCGGCUCCAUCGGAGAGCAGAAGAAGAACAAGCGAGCAAAAACCACCGAAGAAAUCCGCCGGAUUGAGGUUGCCAAAAACGAUCAUGAGUUGAAAUGUGCAAAUGAGUGUCAUGAGUUUGUUACUUUUCUGCUUGAUCAAUGGCCAUGCAGUGAGCCCACGGUUGAUGGUUUUAAUCAGAGUUACCUAAAUGUGUCGCUGGCUAUGAAGGAGGUGGUGCCUGAGUGGUUUAGACUGUAUAAGAAUUUGCAACUGUACCACCAUAUUGGGGAAGUUCAAACAGUAUUGAAUAGGCAUUCGGCUGCCACUAAUACGGUUAGCACGAGUUUCAAAAGCCCAAAGCCUAUCUUAUUUCAGCGAUCAGCGUUUCGUUUUUCCAUCCCACGCCUUGGAAAUGAGCUUCUGCGAAAGCCUGGACCGAAACUCAACACUCGCCAUGACGUACGUACUGUCAAACUAUGGGCGAAAGGACAGAUGCCUACGAUAUCCCCAGCUGUAAGCUCUGACCGAAGAUUGCAUAUUCCUCCAGAGGUUACGGAGAUAGAGAAGCUAGUGAGCGAUGCUAUGGAUUCACAUUGCCCUGUCAAACUGAGAUACGGACAAGAUUUGAAGGAGAGCAUUGACGUGUUGAAGCUGGUUGAGCGUACAGAUGAACGAGAGAUAAACGUGCAUGUCAACUGGAGUUUUGCGAGUAAAAUAUUUAACUACGAGAUUCGGAAGGCUCGCAUGGUAGUGGAUCAAUACUUCGUUCAGAUACGCGAAUCGCUGUCAUUGAAAGAAUCGAAGUUCAAAUGGCUACAGCAAAGCAACCUUUGGCCAUGUGUGACGCCUCUGUCAAUUCUUCAGCAGCUUGGAUCGACUUUUCGCAAUAUCUUUGGACCAGGCAUGAAGGACGCAAUUAUUCUGUAUGGACUCGCGAUUGCAAAGCUUCAACGACUGAACCGGAUGAAAACAGCUUUCGGAAAAGGCGACGAAGGGACGCUGCGUCAAGAGUAUAAGAAUAACGGUCAUACCAAUUGGCAGCCUUCUGACUAUCCUGACUGGUUAUUGUUAGAGAUUGAUGCGAAUAUUCAAAUUCGCGAAGAUCAAGUUACAGUCGCCCAGGAAAUGAUUUCACCUAGUUCCGGCUCUAACUCAGUUCUCCAAAUGAACAUGGGCCAGGGGAAAACUUCGGUUAUCAUGGCUAUGGUUGCCUCCUUACUCGCGAAUGGGAAGAUGCUCACUAGGCUGUUAGUACCCAAAGCCCUGCUUUCGCAAACAGCACAGAUUGUUCAAUCUCGCCUCGGGGGUCUCUUGGAUAGGGAAAUUACCUAUAUCCCAUUCUCCAGACGAACACCAACCACCCCGCAUCUAAUCGGAGAAUAUCGAAGGCUCCAUGAAGACAUGUUGCAUAGAUCAGGAAUUAUCCUAGGGGUUCCUGAGCAUGUAUUAUCCUUCAAGCUUAGUGGGCUUCAGCGACUCUGUGAUGGCGAGUGUGAUGAAGCCACAGACAUGGUUGUGGUCCAGCGCUGGUUGGACAAAUUCUGUCGCGACGUCCUGGACGAGUGUGACUUUACGCUAGCUGUCAAGACGCAGCUGAUUUACCCUAGUGGAUCACAGUUACUAGUUGAUGGACAUCCUAGUCGCUGGGAAGUAACUAUGCACAUUUUGAAUCUUGUGGCACAUCAUCUACCAGGUCUUGGCCGGGAAUUCCCUCGGAGUAUUGAUGUCAUAGAACGGACAUCUACAGGAUUCCCAGUCGCGUACUUUUUGAGAAAGGAUGUUGAAGAGGCUCUUGUGCAAAGGAUAAUAGAGGACAUAACUUACGGUUCAAUGAAGAUUCUCCCCAUCUGGAAAAGUACAGACGAAGAGCGAGAUGCAGUGCGACGUUUUAUUUCCCAAGAAACGGUCGAUAGCUCGGUCUCCAAGCGUGUAGCUGCGCUCUGUCCCGAUACACCCCAGGCGCACAAGAACCUCUACUUAUUACGAGGACUGCUUGCACACGGUAUUCUACUACUCUGUCUCAAAAAAAGGUGGAAUGUACAGUACGGUCUCCACCCCGAUAGGGCCCCCAUGGCUGUCCCAUUCCAUGCCAAAGGCGUCCCUUCGGAUCACGCCGAGUGGGGCCAUCCUGAUGUUGCUAUUCUGUUUACUUGUCUCUCCUUCUACCAUCAAGGGCUCACCGAAUGUCAACUCCGGCAGAGCUUGCAGGAGGUUUUAAGAUCCGAUGAUCCCGCUAUUGAAUAUGAUCGAUGGACACAGACAUCACACACUUUACCAGAAACGUUGCGACACUGGAAUACGAUAAAUGUCGAUGACAGGGGCCAAGUCGCUGAGGUAUGGCGGCAUUUGCGCCUGAAGACUGUUGUCAUUAAUCAUUUUCUGAGAAACUUUGUCUUUCCUGUACACGCCAAGCAAUUCAGUACCAAGUUGCAGGCAUCAGGCUGGGACCUUCCCCUUUACGAUAACUCUCUGGGUCAAGGUGUGGCUGCUGAGCUCCUGCGCCCGGGAAUCACAACUGGAUUUAGUGGGACCAACGACAAUCGUCGACUGCUUCCCCUUUUGAUAAAGCAGCAAGAUCUUUCUGGGCUGUCACAUACGAACGCAGAAGUUCUCACCUACUUUGUGCAACAAAGAAACCGAGGGUAUAAGAUAGCGGCAAAUCCAGACGGUACACGGUACUCGGAGCUUGACCUUCUCAAAUAUCUCAAACUACAUAGGAUGCGCAUUCUCAUCGACGCUGGGGCUCUCAUACUGGAAAUGAGUAACCAGGCGCUCGCACGGGCUUGGCUGCAAGAAGACGACCAGGCUCAGGCCGCCGUUUACUUUGGACAGGAUAAUCAGCCAUGGGUACAUCAUCGAACUGGAAGAGCUGUUCCCCUGCUUUCCACCCCCUUUGCAGAAAACAUGGAGAAUUGCGUGGUCUAUAUAGACGAGGCGCACACCCGGGGCACUGACCUGAAACUACCGCGUGAUGCUCGAGGAGCAUUAACUCUUAGCUUGAACCAAACGAAGGACCACACAGUUCAAGCUGCUAUGAGAUUGCGACAGUUGGGAACGACGCAAUCCGUCAUUUUUAUCUCACCACCGGAGGUGCAUCAGAGCAUACUAGAUGUCUGCCAUAAAAGCGUGCACGAUAGAAUUGAUUCGUCAGAUGUGCUCGCCUGGCUGAUCAAUCAGACAUGCGAUAACAACAGAGAAUUACAGCCGUUGUAUCUCUCCCAAGGGGUCGACUUCUGCCACCGCAUGCAAGCUGCCAUCGACCAUAAGAAUUUCUUGACCAACCCGGACCAUAGGAACGCGUACACCGAUCGCUUGAAGCGACCUGAACAACAGACAUUGGAGCAGCUCUAUCAACCCCCGUCACGCGAACAUGGCGAUAUGAUGCCUUCAUCAACUGCCACUACCACAUCCUUUACAGGAAACCUCGCUUGUUUCAUAGACCAACUACAAGAGAGCUAUGCACAGUCCAAUGUCAAGGGCGCCUUGAAAAAUGCUGCAUUAGAGGAGGUUGAGCAGGAGCGAGAGGUCGCCUUUGAGAUCGAACAGGAAAGGGAGAUACAGCGGCCCUUGACUAUGAAAGCACACCGGUACCCCGGACUGCAUGGCUCCAUUAGAAACUUUGCUAUAAUCGGUCGCCUGAAGGGAAACGAAGGUUACGUGGAGGCGGCCACUGUCCUAGAGUCAACAGAUCUGGGGCGCAAACACGGCAUUGAUGCUUCGACGUUACUGCGUUCCUUGUAUGUUUCGACCGAGUUUAUGAAAACGGUGAGGAAAAAGAAAGGAGCGAAGAGCAUCGAUAACUUUCUGCGUCCUGUGAACUGGCUGCUUUUCAAUUCGAAGACAAACGUUGGGCUAGUGAUCAUUCCAGAGGAGGCCGAGGAGCUAAUUCCUAUUAUACGUCCAAUGCAAAACUCGACAAUGCAUUUAAUUAUGUAUGCGGCACCAUUCACAAAGCGAAUGCUCCAGUUCGACACUCUCAAUUACUAUGCUCUCCCGAGCCUCCCUAAAGGGCGGUCUCCGCCACAAUGGCUUCCAUUCGAGUUGGGAAUUCUGGCAGGGCGGCUGUAUUUCCAAUUCUCAGAAUACAAGUUUCUAUUGGAGCAGCUGCGACUCGACCUGGAGAAGCCCACAAGCCACGUUGAUCCGGCUGAAGCUAGUAGUACUGCGGCAUGUGAUAACUCAUUUGUUAGAACCCAGCUCAACUUUCUCCAGGACUGGUUGACUCUCCGUCGCCAAGGGCAGGACAUAUCACACACUCCAAUGGGAUAUGUUUGCCAGGGCUCCAGGCUCCGCCGUGAUCAUCCAUUCUUCUUGGCCAGAAAAGACAUGGAAGAGAUAGAAGGUGCCGGUCGCCGUCUAUUCUACACCUCAAACUACAGGGAGAAUGAUGAACUUGAGGAGUAUUAUGACAGUGAUGAUGAUAAUGAUAUCGGGGAUGUUGAUAUGAUGCAAAGAGGAGAAGAUGAUGUAUCGGAUGUAGAUGGAGAUAUGCUUGAGGAGGAUUAACGUUGGGCUUCCAUGCUUGAUAUGUAACUUGGACUGGCUGGUUUGGGCAUAUCUUGUGAUACAUGCUUCUGGAUAUAUGCGUGUUCUAGGGUUAAUAGUGGUAGUAUUAUCCAAAGCCAUCCGAGAUGUCGUUUGGUUGCCAUGAUGUGAAGUUGACUCUGGUCCAUGAAUCGAAGCCCUAUCGAUUCUAUAUACAGUCAACAUCGAAGUAUCGUAGGAUUUUAGCAUUUUCAGUAGUAAAUUUACCAAUAAGAGGAAGGAGUGUCUAUGAAUAAACACUCCUUCAGAAAACAGUAAAACUGAUCAUGGCAAAAGCUGCAGAUAUCCCCCACAACAAGUGAGCCACAGAAACAGGUAUGAAUGAGUGGACGAGAUCGGAGAACUAAACAACCAAAGUACUAUAACGUAGAUUGGACAAGAUAGAUCCCCUAGAACAA